CCUCCUCUCUCUCUCUCUCUCUCGGGUCUUUUUUUGUAAAAGGGACAAGUUUGCUUGAGCAAAUUACUUGAGCUUCGCAACACACCAAGUCUCUUGUUUGUAAGAGGCGACUGCAAAUUUCUUGUUCAAGUUCGUCCUCAGUGCAGGUCAACAGUGAGAACCAUGUCUGCCCUUCUGCACCACUGCCCUUUCCUGAAGUCUGCUUCCCACCAGGCCUGGAGAAGAGCUGUCCUGCCUCUCCUCUCCCUGGCUGACCGAUGUCCUGUAAUCGCUCGCCAGGUUUCGUCCGUCACCACCCAGAGAGCUGAAGAUAACAGCGAUGUUCUGGCUCUGAAUGUGGCCCCCCAGGCCAGCAGCUGUCCCUUAUUCUCUUCCCAGAUUAGUGUGGUGAAAGCCAGCCCUGAGGUGCAGGAAGAUGUCUACCCAAGGGGGGCAGCCGGCACAGUAAGCUCUUUUUUGAAGGGUCUGCGAAGCACCCUCGCAGAGAAGAUCCCCCACAUCGCAUCUCAUCUCCUGAAAGACAACAUGCAACAUCUGAGUUUCAACUAUGAUGCCUUCUUCGACGAGAAAAUCUUGGAGAAGAAACGUGACCACACCUACCGUGUCUUCAAGACGGUGAACCGCCGCGCGGACAUUUUUCCGUUUGCCGAGGACUACUCCAGCGCCAGUCACCAUGGCGCCAAGGUGUCCGUCUGGUGCAGUAAUGACUACCUGGGCAUGAGCCGCCACCCGCGUGUCAUUGAGUCAAUUCGGACAGCUCUGGAUAAGUAUGGCUCUGGGGCAGGAGGCACCAGGAACAUAUCCGGCACCAGCAACUACCACGUGGCCCUGGAGAAUGAGCUGGCGGACCUGCACCAGAAAGAUGGGGCUCUGGUGUUCUCUUCCUGCUUCGUGGCCAACGACUCCACCCUCUUUACCCUGGCCAAGAUGCUACCAGACUGUGAGAUCUUCUCCGACGCCGGCAACCACGCGUCCAUGAUCCAGGGCAUCCGGAACAGCGGGGCCGCGCGCCGCAUCUUUCGGCACAACGACCCCCAGCACCUGGAGGAGCUCCUGCGCCGCUCCGACCCCACAACGCCGAAGAUCGUGGCCUUUGAGACCGUGCACUCCAUGGACGGUGCCAUCUGCCCAUUGGAGCAGCUCUGUGACAUCGCCCACCGCUACGGGGCUUUGACCUUUGUGGAUGAGGUGCAUGCAGUGGGGCUGUACGGGGCUCAUGGGGCUGGAGUCGGGGAAAGAGAUGGUGUCAUGAGCAAGAUCGACAUUGUUUCUGGAACACUUGGCAAGGCAUUUGGCUGUGUCGGAGGCUACAUUGCCAGCAGCGCCUCCCUAGUGGACACAGUGCGCUCAUACGCCGCUGGAUUCAUCUUCACCACCUCCCUGCCCCCCAUGGUGCUGGCAGGGGCCCUGGAGUCUGUGAGGGUCCUCAAGAGCCCCGAGGGGCAGUCGCUACGGAGGGCUCACCAGAGGAAUGUCAAACACAUGCGCCAACUGCUGCUGGACGCCGGCCUGCCCGUCAUCAACUGUCCCAGCCACAUCAUCCCCAUACAGGUGGGCAACGCAGAGAAGAACACAAAGGUGUGUGAUCUGCUGCUGGAGAGAGACAACAUUUACGUCCAAGCCAUUAACUACCCCACCGUGCCCAGGGGGGGGGAGCUCCUGCGCCUCGCCCCCUCCCCCCACCACGAGCCGCAGAUGAUGGAGUAUUUCGUGGACAAACUGCUGGAGGCCUGGCAGGAGGUGGGACUGCCCCUGCGCCAGCCUGCGCUGGCCGCCUGCAGCUUCUGCGACCGCCCCCUGCACUUUGACCUCAUGAGCGAGUGGGAGAGGUCCUACUUCGGCAACAUGGAGCCCCGCUACAUCACACUGGCCGCCUGAGAUUGGGCAAAGCCACGCCCGGAGGCAACCUCGCGCGACGCAUUCACAAGUACCAUCCCUUUACAAAAACAAAAUCAGACGUAAUGAUGCUAAAAUAAAUAUUGAAUUAUAUUUCAACCACCCCCCCCCUCCCCAUUCUAAUUUCCAGCAGAUUAAUAAAGGUGAUAUUACUGUGUGCUGUAAACUCCAUUCUAUUUUUCAGCAGAUUAAUAAAGGUGAUAUUACUGUGUGCUGUAAACUCCACUCUAAUUUCCAGCAGAUUAAUAAAGGUGAUAUUACUGUGUGCUGUAAACUCCAUUCUAAUUUCCAGCAGAUUAAUAAAGGUGAUAUUACUGUGUGCUGUAAACUCCAUUCUAAUUUCCAGCAGAUUAAUAAAGGUGAUAUUAUUG